AUGGCCUUAGCAAACAUUGCAUGGAAGGCCGAGCAGGCGAUGGGCCACAAUGACAAUGCCGCGACAGCACAGGAUGUCACGAACCCAGGCCUCAAGCGUGAGCAGUGGGGAGACAGCAGUGAGAGCAUGAAAGCUCUCAUCUGGACGGGCAAGAACAAAGUUGAGAUGGUCGACACACCCAAACCAAAGGUCAUUGAAGACCGGGAUGUCAUUCUGAAGAUCACCGGCAGCACAGUCUGCGGCAGCGAUCUUCAUCUCCUCCACGGCUCCGUGAUCGAAAUGCAACAAGGCGACAUCCUCGGCCACGAAUUCUGCGGCAUCGUCGACGACAUGGGCUCGGCUGUAACCAACCUCAAGAAGGGUGAUCGUGUGGUGGCCAGUUUCCAAAUCGCCUGCGGUGACUGCUUUUACUGCAAGAAGAAGCAGUCUUCGCAAUGCGAACGCACCAACUCGAAUAAGAUCGAAAAAGCCAUGUAUGGUGGCAACACGGCUGGUAUGUUCGGCUACUCGCAUUUCACGGGUGGCUUUGCGGGUGGUCAGGCUGAAUACACGCGUGUGCCAUUUGGCGAUGUCAACCUCCUCAAGCUCCCCGAUAAUGUUCCGGAUGAGAAGGGUCUGUACCUUUCCGAUGUGCUAUGUACCAGCUGGCACUGUGUCGUGGAUACCGGGGUCAAGGAAGGCGAUGUCGUUGCUAUUUGGGGUGCAGGACCGAUUGGCCAGAUGUGCGCGGAUUUCUCCUUCAUGAACGGGGCGAGCAGGGUCAUCAUGGUCGACCAGAACUGGCGUCUUGAUUUCGUCAAGGAGAAGUACCCCAAGGUCGAGCUCUUGGACUUUUCCAAGAUCAAAGAAACGAAAGGCGUCGUCACCGAGCUCAAGAAGAUGACCGACGGCCGCGGUCCAGACGUCGCGCUGGAAUGUGUGGCCGGUGAGUAUCCCAAAGGCUGGCUGCAUACCAUCGAGAUGGCUGCCGGCCUGGAGACGGAUACUUCUGAGAUCUUGAACGAAAUGAUCGAGUCCGUGAAGAACUUCGGCAGUGUUGGUAUCACCGGGGUCUACGUGGGUUACACCAAUCACUUCAACAUCGGCUCGCUGAUGGAGCGCGGUAUCCGCUUCAUCGGUAAUGGUCAGGCACCUGUGCACAUGUACUGGGAGAAGUUGCUGGGCAUGAUCCAGGAUGGCUCGAUCGAUCCCUUGAAGAUGGUGACGCAUCGUGUGCGUGUCGAGGAUCUGGACAAGGUCUACUACAAGUUUGAGAAGAAGGAGGAUGGUAUGCAGAAGGUUUAUGUUGAGACGAAGUUCUCGGCUCCUGCUGCGCAGGGGAGUCCGGCUUUGACGACGUACUAG